UACGUCUACCUCUACUCUCAGAAAACAAAAAAUAAAAAAAAUUCAUCUUGUACUACAAUAAUAUAUUUUGUAUCGUACCACAUCACAUUCAUUGGAAAAUUUCAUUUCUCUCUCCUCACUCUCUCACAGAGAAAGAAUAGCAGAGAAGAGAAAGAAGAGAGAGAACCCAGAACCAGAAGAAGCAAAGCAAUUGCUCCUCUGACGAACUGCCGUUUCAUUUCAAUUUUCUAAGUCAGCCAUCAAUAAUUGGAAACCAUCAUGGGGAGGAAGAAGCGAACUCAAAAUCCUAGUGGAGGUGAAAGCUCCGAGCCUCAGGAAGGUAGUGGGGGCAGUGAUCAAGCCUUCCAAAGGACUUCCCCUUCACCUUCACCUUCACCUUCACCUUCACCCCAACAACACAAUGAAGGACCAAGAGGAGGAAGUUACCAAGGUGGAAGAGCCUGGGCCCCACAAGGACCACAAGGAGGCCAGAGAGGCUAUGGUGGUGGUGGUGGCCGUGGCCGUGGGAUGCCACAACAGCAGCAAUAUAGUUAUGCUGGGACCUCGGCUCAGGCGCAUGAAUAUCGAGGUAGGGGUAGGGGUGGUCAGGGAGGAGGAGGCCCAAAUCAGGCAGGAGGAGGUCGUGGCGGUCAUGGCGGCGGAGGCGGCGGUGGUCGUGGCCGUGGGGGAGGAGGACCUUCUUAUGUUGGUGGUCCAGCCAGACCAUCAGUUCCCGACCUGCACCAAGCGACCCCUGCUCCAUAUGUUGCCGGGGUCACCCCUCAGCCCACAGGCCCUACAUCCUAUGCACCCUAUACGCCCUAUGAGCCUCAGUCUUCAGAAUUGGUACAGCCUUUUCACCAGAUUUCUAUCCAGCAAGAAGGUGCUCCUGCUCCUGCUCCUGCUCCUGCUCCUGUCCAUGCAAUUCAACCCAUUCCAGCCUCAAGUAAGUCUGUGAGGUUCCCUCUUCGCCCUGGCAGAGGCACCACUGGCAUAAAAUGUAUAGUCAAGGCAAACCACUUCUUCGCUGAAUUGCCAGACAAAGAUUUGCACCAGUAUGAUGUCACAAUUACACCUGACAUUGCAUCACGGAGGUUGAAUCGGGCUGUGAUGAAGCGGCUGGUGGAUUUAUACAGGGAAUCCCAUCUUGGAAAUCGGCUCCCUGCCUAUGACGGGCGCAAGAGUCUGUAUACUGCUGGGCCACUUCCUUUCUCAUCAAAAGAGUUUAAGAUUGCACUUAUGGAUGACGAUGAUGGAUCAGGCGGGCAAAGGAGGGAGAGAGAAUUUAAAGUGGUGAUCAAAUUUGCUGCACGUGCUGACCUGCACCAUCUAGAACUCUUUCUGCAGGGGAGGCAAGCUGAGGCUCCUCAGGAAGCCCUUCAGGUUCUUGACAUUGUUCUGCGUGAAUUGCCUACUGCUAGUUACUAUCCUGUGGGGCGUUCAUUUUAUUCCCCUGAUCUGGGGAGAAGGCAGUCACUCGGUGAGGGUUUGGAAAGUUGGCGUGGAUUCUAUCAAAGUAUUCGUCCAACGCAGAUGGGGCUGUCUCUGAAUAUUGAUAUGUCCUCUACGGCUUUCAUUGAGCCACUGCCGGUCAUUGAAUUUGUCAAUGAGCUGCUCAAUCGAGAUAUUUCAUCCAGACCAUUGUCUGAUGCUGAUCGGGUGAAGAUAAAGAAGGCUCUACGAGGAAUCAAGGUUGAGGUCACUCACCGUGGAAAUAUGCGCAGAAAAUACCGCAUAUCUGGUUUGACAUCGCAGGCAACAAGAGAACUGACUUUUCCACUUGAUGAAAGAGGUACUAUGAAAUCAGUUGUUGAGUACUUUCAUGAAACCUAUGGUUUCAUUAUUAAGCACACCCAACUGCCUUGUCUACAAGUGGGAAAUCAACAAAGAUCAAAUUAUUUGCCCAUGGAGGUCUGUAAAAUUGUUGAGGGUCAAAGGUACUCAAGGAGGUUGAAUGAGAGGCAGAUUACUGCUUUGCUGAAGGUGACCUGUCAGCGUCCUCACGAAAGGGAACUUGAUAUCAUGCAGACAGUUCGUCAAAAUGCUUACCACGAAGAUCCUUAUGCUCAAGAGUUUGGAAUUAAAAUAAGUGAGAAUCUCACUUUAGUUGAAGCUCGCAUCCUUCCUGCACCAAGGCUUAAAUAUCAUGAUACGGGUAGAGAAAAAGAUUGCCUGCCUCGCGUUGGACAGUGGAACAUGAUGAAUAAGAAAAUGGUUAAUGGGGGCACAGUCAACAAUUGGAUGUGCAUAAAUUUCUCAUGGAACGUGCAAGAUGCUGCUGCCCGUCGGUUUUGUCAUGAACUUGCUCAAAUGUGUAACAUUUCUGGCAUGGCAUUUAAUCCAGAACCAGUUCUUCCACCUAUUAGUGCUCGUCCAGAUCAGGUAGAGAGGGCCCUAAAAACUCGCUACCACGAAGCGAUGACCAAACUCCAGCCACAGGGCCAGGAGCUUGAGCUGCUUAUUGCUAUUUUGCCUGAUAAUAAUGGCUCUCUUUACGGUGAUUUGAAACGAAUUUGUGAGACAGAUCUUGGCCUUGUUUCCCAGUGCUGUUUAACGAAGCACGUAUUUAAGACAAAUAAGCAACAGUAUUUGGCAAAUGUAACAUUGAAGAUUAAUGUGAAGGUUGGGGGAAGGAAUACAGUGCUAGUUGAUGCUCUGUCAAGGCGUAUUCCUUUAGUCAGCGACCGACCUACCAUCAUUUUCGGUGCUGAUGUCACCCAUCCUCAUCCUGGAGAGGAUUCAAGUCCAUCAAUUGCGGCUGUUGUGGCUUCUCAAGAUUGGCCUGAAGUUACAAAGUAUGCUGGUUUGGUUUCUGCUCAAGCCCAUCGACAGGAACUCAUCCAAGAUUUGUUCAAAACAUGGCAGGAUCCAGCAAGAGGGACAAUGUCUGGUGGCAUGAUCAAGGAACUGCUCAUAUCUUUCCGUAGAUCAACUGGGCAGAAACCUCAACGCAUCAUAUUUUACAGGGAUGGUGUCAGUGAAGGACAGUUUUAUCAAGUUUUGCUGUAUGAACUUGACGCCAUUCGUAAAGCAUGUGCCUCUUUGGAGCCUGACUAUCAGCCUCCCGUGACUUUUGUUGUGGUUCAGAAGCGACAUCAUACCAGGUUGUUUGCCAACAACCAUUCUGACCCCAAAGCUGUUGACAGAAGUGGGAAUAUAUUACCUGGUACCGUUGUCGACUCCAAAAUCUGUCAUCCAACUGAAUUUGACUUUUACUUGUGCAGCCAUGCUGGAAUCCAGGGCACUAGCCGUCCAGCUCAUUACCAUGUGCUAUGGGAUGAAAACAAGUUUUCAGCUGAUGGAUUGCAGACCCUUACAAAUAACCUUUGCUAUACAUAUGCAAGGUGCACACGUUCUGUUUCCGUGGUGCCCCCUGCAUACUAUGCACAUCUUGCUGCAUUCCGAGCGCGUUUCUAUCUGGAACCACAGACGUCAGAAGGGGGGUCAGUGACAAGUGGUGCGAAUGCUGGACGUGGGUACACGGGUGGACGGGGCACGCGAGCACCGAAUGCAAAUGCUGCUGUGAGGCCUUUACCUGCUCUGAAGGAGAAUGUGAAAAGGGUUAUGUUCUACUGUUAGGGAUAGAUAGUCUGUCUGGCCUGGGCCCUAAACCCUGGUGCGGUAAUCAUAAUAAUAAUGGGCACUCACUUCACUUGAUGGUUGUAAUUAAGUUAAGAUAAUAUGGUUGCAGUAAGUAAUGAUGAUGUAUGUGUUUGCUUGCUAGUUGCUGCGCAUCAUCAUGGCUGGUGAUGUGUUAAGUAUGUGUUAAGGACAGGGGGACCUUUCCUUUGCUUGUCUAUGACUAUGACUAUGUAUGUAUGUUUUGAGUGACUUAUCCUGGGCUGGGCCUGGUGAAUUGUGAAUUGUGAAUUGUGAAUUGUGAACUGAUAAUGUGUUUUGUUGAACCACCGGGUGCUGGUGA